AUGCUUACCUGGCAAGAGAGUGUUUCUCUCCGGUGGGAGGGGAACCAUAACGAGUCGGACACAGUUCUGGAAAGAAUCUUCUGCCAGCUUCCUGAGGUCCCAGAGACGGACCCGGAUAUAAGAUUGCAUUGUGCGUAUGGUCGCUUAGUCUUCUCACGGGCGGAAAACGCGUUAAUGCGGAAUGACUUCGUUCAAGCAUGGCAAUACGUGGACCGCUGGGAGAAGAGAAGCGACCCUCCAUCAAUUAUGGAGAUCAAAUUGAUCCGACUCUUCAAUACUGUCUUCGGGAGAAUAGCCAGAUACACAGGAAGGUUCUUGUAUGCUCGAGAAUCCUUUGAGCGUUGCCUACGUGACGGGGAUCCCAGUUACCGCCAUAUUCAAUUUCACCUUGCUGACAUCUACUGUGAGUUGGGAUGUGCCGAGCUGGCGAAAGAUCUACUCCUAGGUGACGUGGAACGGCUAAGGCACACGCAAAGCCAGCGAUUGAAAGCAUUCAGGCGCCUAGCACUGCCGCUAGCGGAGGCUCACAUCAAUUUAAGAGAGCUUAACACGGCAAGAUACACCCUGGAGGAGGUACUCCAGGUUUAUGAGAGCAUGAAGCACCAUGACGUGACCGACCAACUCGGCCAUGUUCGCACACUCAUUAGCCUAGCACGAGUGGAUUGGUACGAAGGCAUGUAUUCAGGUGCUGACGAGCGGCUCAAACGUGCAACGGCGCUCGUUGAGAGUUAUCCAACAUUCAUAAAACCUGGGUUUGAUGUCGCAUUCGUCAACCUCUUUCACUCGGUUGUGAAGAGAUCCCUGGCUGUUGAGCUCCUCUCAAAGGUACCACGUGGCUACUUCAUGGCAGGGAACGGAACUUAUUUUUUCAAAGAAAUUUUUUCCAAUGCUGGGGCAGGUAGUUCUAGUUGUGAUAUGGAGCUCUCUUCAGUUUCUUCUGGUCUCAAGAAUGCUCAGUGCACCGCUCACUAA